GGCGGGUCAUGUUUUCACCGUUGUAGUAGGACGGUGAAAGCGGCGGGAGAGUGGCAUAUUUAUCCUCAAAUUUAAUAUCAGCUAGUUAUAUUGAACAUUAAUUAAGUGACAAGUGUGCGUUUAGACUCUCAGAUAAGGAUUACGUUUGGUAAAACUGAAGGCGUUUGGCAGAUAACACUGCUGACUCUGUUAACGGCUUGUGUCGUUGCACGUUAGUGCUGCUUUUAAAGCAUUCCCCGGGAAUCUGGUUUGAACGUUUGUUUUUAGUCAACGUUAGCUCGUUUUUAGCGCUUCGGCAACAAUGGCGAAGGUACAGGUGCUGAAUGUGGCUGUCCUAGAUAACCCGAGUCCCUUUGGAAACCCUUUUCAGUUUGAAAUAACGUUUGAGUGUAUGGAGGACCUUCCCGAAGACCUGGAAUGGAAGAUCAUCUAUGUUGGCUCAGCGGAGAGUGAAGAGUACGACCAAAUCCUCGACUCUGUCCUAGUCGGCCCGGUACCUGCUGGGAGACAUAUGUUUGUGUUUCAGGCUGAUGCUCCAAACACUGGAUUGAUUCCUGAAAGUGAUGCUGUUGGUGUGACUGUGGUGCUGAUCACCUGCACAUACCGUGGCCAGGAGUUCAUUCGCAUUGGUUACUAUGUGAACAACGAAUACACGGAACCGGAGCUUCGUGAAAAUCCACCGAUUAAGCCAGACUACACACAGCUCCAGAGAAAUAUUCUGGCAUCAAACCCACGUGUUACCAGAUUCCAUAUAAACUGGGAAGGCUGUGCAGAGCGAAUGGAAGACUCUGAAAAUGUGGACCCCACGUCAAACUCCAUGCUCCCGCCAUCCUGUCUCCCGGGCAAAGCCCCACCUUUAGGGAUACUACCGGACAACUCUAUGGACUGCUUAUAGAGAUGACCUCUCCCCCAGAGGUGACUACUCACAGCUUGAGACCUUAUUUUUGAAGAAUGCCUGUGGACAUUCUAGCGUGGAUGUACAGACAUCUUUGCCUUACAGCUGCCCUUAUUUACCUGAAGCUUGUCAAAUACGAGCUCUCAUCUCGGGCUUCAGACGAGUGUUUGUUCCAAGGAAGAUUAUGAACAUCUUACUUGUAUAAUCAUCACUUAUAGACGGGGAGUUCCUUGCCAUGAAGUUAAAAGCAAUAUCGAAGUAGUUUCACUCAUGGAAGGGAAAAGGUAACUAUGACAUGAUACAGCUGAACUGACACAGCACAGGAAGCUGAUGUGUGACUCACCUCUCUUUUAUUUCUUUGGUGCAGAACUAAUUUGUACCCAUUUAAGAGGAUUUCAGCACUGAAGCAAUAGGUUAAUAAAAUGUUACAUGUUGCUGUACAGGAAUUUGAUAAUCUACCAUUAUAUUUGUGUUCAAAUUUCUUUUGCACUUAAACCUUUUUCCCCACUUAGUUUGCAGAGUUUUGAAUGGGCUACAUAACUUCCUCUUGGUAUUUUUUUCGUUUGUUUGUUUGUUUGCAACUUUGUGUUCCAAAUAAAAUAACAUUGUAUUUGUUA